CUCGCAGACAAAACGUAGCAAUAGCACGGCAAUACGAUCAUCAUCGCCAAGUUGCGGAUAUGUGUGCUGUUUGUUGAGUUCGUUUUUUAGUGUGUGUUUUUUAUAAUCAAGUUACCGAUAAUUCGGGUAUUUUAGCUUUCUAAAAUUGAACUUAAAUUUUCGUAUAUUUUUGGAAUAACUCAAUUUUAAUUAGCUUUUGUCUUAUGGAUGUGAAGAUGAUGAAUGUGUCGUAAUUCCCUCGGAAGGAAACCAGUUUCUCUGGAGAAGUUAACAUUAAAAUUACCGAUCUAGUAAACGAUCAUUAGAUAAACAUGGAUUAUUCAAAGAUGCAAGAUCCAUCUAUUAAUACCUAUCCGAGCGUGCCUGUAGAAUUUCCUAGUUCCAGCAUGAAAAAUGAAUUGAUAAAAGAAGAUCAUGCUGGACCGACCAACAAAAGAAAACCAACUAAUGUGGAAUUUUUAGUAGUGUUCGGUAUCACCGUUGCGAUAUGGCUAUUAUUGAACUUCUACUGCAUGUGCAACGGAGAUUUAAGUCGACUCGAUACAAAAUCUUUGCAAAAUGGAACUACAACCAAUGACUUUAAGGAAUUUGCGACGAAUAUUAGAAAUGCAUCCGGUGAAAUAUACCUGGCGUGUUCAUCUGCUGUGGUACUCUCUGCAUUGCUGAUUGUGUUAUUCCGUCGUUUCGCCGGUACGAUUGUAUGGUUCGUUGUAGGACUUGUGUUGACGGUGAUGGGUAUCAGCACUGUGGGUGCAUGGUAUGGAUUUUUCAUCAAUUCAGUCCAAACGGCAGAUAAAGGUAGUAAACUCACGCUGGAUAACGAAAGUGAUGACAAUGCUAGUGCUGGUGUACUCGUUGGGGCGGUUUCUAUCACUUUUUUUACGUUGAUUAUUGCGGUGUUGAUUUAUGCGAUUCGUAAACACAUCCGUUUGGUUAUUCGACUAUUUAAAGAAGGUGGUAAAGUAACUCAAUCGAUGCCUUUAAUUUUGGCCCAGCCGUUUGUGACAUUCGUGGUGUUGAUCAUCGUGCUAUUCCUCUUCGUGUACUUUGCGCUUUGGAUUGAAAGUUCGGGAUUUCCUCAAACAAAUGAAAAUGGCGUCGUAGAGUAUGAGAAAAAUGAUUUAAUGAAUUUCGCUGCUAUAUUCAAUGUACUGGUGGUUUGGUGGAUUGUUCAAUUUGUUAUCGGCUGUCAAAAUAUGGUUAUUGCUGGAGCAACAGCAACUUGGUAUUUCACUAGGGAUAAAACUCGCGUUAACAAUGCAAUAAGAACAAGUUAUAGAUACUUGCUGAAGUACCAUCUGGGUAGCGUCGCGUUGGGUUCAUUGAUCAUCACAACCAUUCAAAUUUUACGUAGAUUUUAUGAGGCUACCAUGAGGAAAAAUGCUCGUAACAUAAUCGGAUGUCUGUUGAGUUGGUUGUUGAAAUAUAUCGAAAGGUUCUUCACCUUCUUAACCAGAAACGCCUACAUUGAAAUUGCUAUUUAUGGCGAUGGGUUUUUCGUAUCUGGAAAACGAGCUUUUCAAGUUUUGACCAACAACGCGAUUAAAGUAGCUACCAUUAAUUCGGUCGGCGAUUUCGUCAUGGUGUUGGGCAGAUUAUUGGUUACUGGUCUCGCUGUCUUGAUUGGAUUUUUACUUUUGCAGGGAAGGAGUGAUAUUACGAAUAGUGCUUAUCCUUUGGGUGUCAUUGCCAUCGUUUCGUUCGCCAUAGUUCACGCGUUCAUGUUGGCAUUUGAGAUGAUCGUCGAUUCCGUAUUUAUCUGUUUCUGUGAAGACUGUGAUAUAAAUGAUGGGGUUCAACGUCCGUAUUAUAUGAGCAAAGAAAUGAUGGUAUUCAUGAAUAAAGAAGACCCGAAAGUAUUGAGAGUCGGCGAUGCAGCCGCUGAAUAACUUUGAUAUACAAUACAUAUAUUUUUUUUUACUUUUUUAAAACAAUUUUAUUCUCAGAAGUAUUUUUUAUUUUUAAUUUUUUUGUUCUAUAUGCCUAGCUACUUAUCCUCUCGUGUGAUUUUUUUUCAUUUUAUUUUUGUUUCAAUUACCUACUUUCUUUUUAUUGUUCUGUUUCUUUUUUUUUUUUUUGGUGAACGAAUUUGUAUUCUUUACAUACUUAUCAAUACUCGCGUUAUCAACUAUCGUACGUAUUUCAAUUCUGGAGAUUUUUCUCUGUUUUUUUAAAUGCAUUUAUUUAGUGAUAUUUUGUAAUAGUCCUAAUGCGGUAUUAUUCGAUCCGCGUGAUUGAUCAUUUUUGUUUUUAAUAAAUUAAGAUUUUAAAAUAAUUGUAGGAUACCUACAUGAGAAAGAUUUUGAAUAAAGUUUUGAGAAUUGAA